GAAACAUAACAUUAGCUGCGAGAAAUCAAAAUAGCAGUGGAAGGCAUGGAGAACGGACCAAAGAGGCGCAGAAGGGAACUGGAGCCCACAGUUCUUCACAAGGUCGGAGAUGUAAUCUCCGCCAUUAACGAAGCCAAACACGUCGACCAACUCAUUUGUGCUCUUCACUCCCUUGCUGUCCGCCUAUUCCCUCUCGACUCAUCUGCUUUCUCAGGUAGCAUCGAUGAGCAGUACAGAGAUCAAGUCCUUAGGACUGAGGUCCCUUCUUCAGAUGAGAGGAGUGAUUGGUGGUGGGUGUUCUACCAAGGAACUGCAUUUCCAACUUUGGCGAGGGUUUUGUUGUAUGAGGUUGCUUCCAACUGGCUAGCUUGUUUUCCUAUUUCUGCACAAAAACAUGUCUAUGAUGUUUUCUUUGUCGAAGGACUUGCCACUGAGGUUGUUCAGACUCUAGUGCCUUGUCUACAGCAUAAUGGAAGGGAUAGUCUUCGUGUCAACACUGUAUGCUCAAAUGCUGAAAGAUUACUUGUCCUUUGCUUGUUUGAAAAUGAUGGAAUACUCCAGAUGGCUAGAGAAUUUGGCAGUUCUUUUCAAUCGGAAGAUUCUAUUAGUGAAAGAAUGAAGCCAGCUGUAUCUAGGGUGGCACAGCUCAUGGUGUCUAUACCUGACAAAGCGCCAUUAGGAGCCCCAACUUCACUUUCAUCACAUUUCUUCUUCAAGCAGAUUGCCAUUCAACUUCUUGCUGGAGUUGAAGAAAAGAGUAUGAAACUACAUGAUGAAGCAGCUAGCUUGGAUAAAAAUGACAUGGAUGGUACCUUCCUAUUUGUUGGAGAAACAUUUGCUCGCAUUUGUCGGCGUGGGUCUGUAGAUGUGCUAUUAGGAGAGGUCAUCCCACGGAUUCUCGCACAUAUAAGGAGCUUCUUGCAGUCAAAUACUGAUUUAAUUGAUGCAGAUGUAUUUGAGACAAAUCCUGGUUUUCUAUUUUGGUCAAAGAUGAUGGAAGCAAUUAAAGAUCCAUAUGCUGUGGAAAGAAUGUCUGAACAGAUUCUGCAUUAUCUGGCAACUGAACAAGCAAGUGAUACUGAAGCUUACUGGACUCUGUGGAUGUUGUUUCAUCAAAUUUUUUAUCGUCAAAAGUCAGUGAGGUCUAUGUUUAUUGACAAAUUUUUACUCUGGAAAGUAUUUCCUCUUUGUUGCUUGAGAUGGAUCCUUCAAUUUGCCGUUCUUGAAUGCCCACCUGGAGCCAAUUCACUAACAAAGGGCCACAAUACCCAUGGUCUUAUAGACACAGUGCAACACUUGGUAGCAGUGUGGUCCAAACAGGAGUUUGUGCAGUCAGCCCCAAUAGAGCAGCAAACUUAUAUAACCGCAGCUGUAGGAAUUUCUCUAGAGAAGAUGUCAAAAGAAGAACUAGAUGCAACGAAAGAAGUGAUGCAUUCAAUCCUUCGAGGAGUUAGCUGUAGGCUGGAGAGCCCUGACCAUCUGGUUCGGAGAAUGGCUAGCAGUGUCGCAUUAGUAUUUUCUAAAGUGGUUGACCCAAAAAAUCCUUUGCACCUGGAUGAUAGCUGCAGUGGGGAGACUAUUGACUGGGAAUUUGGAUUAGUUACCCCAGAUAAAGGGAUUCAAGUUGCCUCAUCUUCCACGGAAAAGGGUAUAAAAGAAAUAGAAAAUUCUACUGCUUCAGUUGCAGGAAAGGAAUUGGACUCUGCAGUUGACGGUGGAGCGGGCAAUAAUUUGAAGGAUAGAGACAAGAAAUUAUCUAAAUUUAGGUUAGUUGAUCCAGAUGAGAUUAUUGAUCCAGCAAUGUUAAAUGAUGAAUCCACUUCUGGUGGCAGUGAUGAUGAUAAUGCAAGUGACAAUUCUGAAAGCUCAAAUGACUCAUCUUUACAGCCAUAUGACUUGUCAGAUGAUGACACAGAUUUGAAAAAAAAAAUCACGCAGGUGGUUGACGUUGUUGGAGCAUUACGGAAAUCUGACGAUGCAGAUGGUGUUGAAAGGGCUCUUGAUGUUGCCGAAAAUCUUGUUCGUGCCUCGCCAGAUGAGCUUCGGCAUUUGACAGGCGACCUUGUCAGAACACUUGUACAGGUUCGUUGUUCUGAUUUGACCAUAGAAGGGGAGGAAGAAUCAGCUGAAGAAAAGAGGCAAAAAGCACUGGUUGCUUUGCUCGUCACCUGUCCAUUCGAGUCUCUUGAUGCUCUCCAUAAAUUAUUAUAUUCACCCAAUGUGGAUGUCAGUCAACGCAUACUUAUACUUGACAUCAUGACAGAUGCUGCACAGGAACUCGCUGAUACUAGAACCAUGAAACCGAAACGUCAGCCUGGAGCCCUCAUAUCAACCAUUUCGGAGACUCAACCAUGGUUCCUGCCCUCUAGCAUAGGGCCUCCCGGAGCUGGUUCAUGGAAAGAGAUGUCAGGAACAGGAUCUUUGUUGAAUUUAUCAUAUAGCUAUGAGAGGGAACUUCCCCCAAAACCCAAUCAGGUAAAAAGAGGAAAGACUCGCCGAUGGAGCCUCAGAUUGAAAAAUAUGCCAGAAAGCCAGACAGAAUGGUCUCAGAACAAGUUUCCUUUGUAUGCAGCAGCAUUUAUGCUUCCAGCCAUGCAGGGGUUUGAUAAGAGAAGGCAUGGUGUUGACUUGCUUGCUAGGGACUUUAUUGUCCUGGGAAAACUGAUAUAUAUGCUUGGUGUAUGCAUGAAAUGUGCAAGUAUGCAUCCCGAAGCGUCGGCUUUGGCUUCACCACUUCUGGAUAUGCUAAGCUCCAGGGAGGUAUGCUAUCACAAAGAAGCUUAUGUCAGGAGAGCUGUCCUUUUUGCAGCUUCAUGCGUGUUGAUGGCACUUCAUCCCUCUUAUGUAGCAUCUGCCUUGGUGGAAGGAAAUCCUGAGCUUUCUAAAGGGCUUGAAUGGGUUCGCACAUGGGCUCUUAAUGUAGCUGAUACAGAUACUGAUAAAGACUGCUAUACUAUGGCUAUGGCAUGUCUCCAACUCCAUGCGGAGAUGGCUCUCCAAUCUUCCCGAGCACUAGAGACAUCAGAAAGCACAUUCAAGACAAAGAGCAUCGGUCUGUCUUCUAAUAUGUUGAAGGGGGAAAUUAAAAUUCCCCACCCAAGUGUACAAUACUAAAUUGAAUGAUCUUGUUUCUGUAAGCCAUUUUGGUAUUGUUUUAUGCCGUAAGACUUUUUUUACCAGUUUGAUUGUGUAUCUACAAAUCCGGGUUAGCUCAUACAAGAAUGGCAUUUUUACAUGAAAGAAUGGAAGCUACAUUGAGUUUGCUUUCAAGGUGAGAAAGGAGAAAAUGCUGUGUAAAGCUUGUAAUAAAUAAAUAUAAACCUUAUACCUUUUCUUCUAUGAAAAAAA